ACAAGGGGUGCUAUCGCCCUAAACCAACAACAACAAGGGGUGCUAUCGUCGCUGCCGUGCUACCCUGCGCUAAAACAAUCGCGUUUGCGGCCGGUGUGCAAACUAUUCUGAAGACAGACAAGCCAAUACCAGGAUGGAGGGUCUUGAGAAGUACAGGAUCGAAGAAGCGCCCGACGUGGUGCACUACGUGCCCGAGUUCGUGUCGCCGGCCGAGGAGAGCCGCCUGCUGGAGCACGUGUACGCGGCGCCGCGGCCGCGCUGGACCCAGCUGGCGCACCGGCGCCUCCAGAACUGGGGCGGCCUGCCGCACCCUCGCGGCAUGCUGCCAGAGCCCAUCCCCCAGUGGCUGCGGCUAACCAUGGAGCGGAUCGGCGCUCUGGGCUGCUUCGGCGAGCACCGUCCGAACCACGUGCUGGUGAACGAGUACACGGCCGGCCAGGGCAUCAUGCCGCACACGGACGGCCCGCUCUUCACGCCCGUCAUCACCACCGUAUCGCUCGGCUCGCACGCGCUGCUCGACUUGUACCGGCCGCGUCGUGACGCACAGGAGGAUUCGCCACAAAAGGCCGGCCUGCAGGAGGAGGAAGACGCCUACCACAGCGUGCUGCACGGCAUCGAGCCCGUUCGCGAGGACACCAUCACCCCGACCGUGUACAACGCGGCCGGCCGGCCGACUGGCCAGCGGCUGGUGCGCUCCACGCGGGUCUCCCUCACCAUCCGGCACGUGCCCAAGGUGCUGAAGGUCCGGCUGAGACUGUGA